AAACUACGGAGACGUUUUUGUUUGGCCAACGUAUAUCUGGCUCACAUGGCUGCUGUAAACACAGGUCUUGACAGCCUGAAGUUUGAAUCCGGAUAAAUGUAUUUGAAACGUCUAAAAAUUUCCGAAAUAUCAACACACAUUAACUGGACGUGAGAGAACAAUGAAUAUGUCUCUGAAAGUGCUGCCGGUGGACCCAGCAGACCGCGGUACACAGAGAUGCAGACUGGGACCAGGCUUGAUGACAACCCUGGGGCUGGGGCUAGGGUCCCCUGUCCUGGUGUCCCUACUCAGGGGAACCUGCCUGUGCACAGCCUGGCCCAGAGCUGACCUUGCGGAGAACUUCAUACAAAUAGACUCCAAAUGUUCCUCUCCCAGCCUAAUCAACCAGCCUCUCUCUCACCUGAGCCUGCCCCUCAGCCAUCUCAGGCCUGUCACCUGUCCCAAACUGAGAAGCAUCAAAGUAACUGCUGUCAUCCAGAAUGCAGACUUUAAAAAGAACUCGCCUCAACUGCUCAUCCAGGAACUUGUGAAAGACAUGCUGAGAGGUGUUUAUGUCUAUGAGAAGCAUGUGAUUAACGUUGAAUAUUUUGAGACUGAGCUUAAAAUGAUUGUCAUCGAGAGUGUCAACCUGGAUUCUGCGGAGGCUGGUGUGGUCACCUCUAAGACCAGUGUGCAGAUCAUCGGCACCCAGAGCCUCAGGCACUAUAAAGGACGGCUACAGGACCAGCCAAGAGUUCCUCUCGGGGGCUUAGAGGAGGUGAGUGCCUCCCUGAGGGAGAUGCUCCAUCUUCCCCUGCUCUACCCUGACACCCUGGGGUCUCUGGGUAUCUCCUGCCCAAGAGGGGUGCUCCUGGUGGGGCCUCCAGGUGUAGGGAAGACCCUGCUGGUUCGCAGUGUGGUGGCGCAGGUGGGGGCCAGCCUGGUGGUGGUCCGAGGACCAGAGGUGGUGGGUUCUCGGCCAGGGGAGAGUGAGGAGAGGUUACGGGGAGUGUUCGACCAGGCCAGGGCUGCUGCGGACGAGGGGCCGUGCGUGCUGUUCCUAGACGAGCUGGACUCCCUCUGUCCCAGACGAACAGGUUCCUCCGCCCCGGAGAAUCGAUUGGUCGCUCAGCUGCUCACCCUCAUGGACGGCAUUGACCAAUCAGAUCACUUCCUCAUUGUGGGAGCCACCAAUCAGCCGGACAGCCUGGACCCGGCCCUACGGAGGCCUGGCAGGUUCGACAGGGAGGUCAUCAUAGGGGCUCCUACAGUGGAGCAAAGGGCUGCCAUCUUAUCUGUUCUGUGCGAGAGGAUGCCAGUGUGUCCCAGCGUGGACAUGGCAGAGCUGGCCAGGAGAACCACAGGGUAUGUGGGAGCAGACCUCAGUGCCCUCUGCAGAGAGGCAGCCAUGCAGGCCAUACGCCACAACACCCAGGAUUCAGGAGAGCACGCUGUGUUUACGGAGCACUUCCUGGAGGCCCUGAAGGCCGUUGGACCUUCCUGUCUGAGAGGAAGUCUGGGCAGGACAGAGCUGUCCCCUCUCUCCUGGGAGCAAAUAGGAGGCCUGGAAGACGUGAAACUUAAACUCCAACAGAGUAUCGAGUGGCCAAUGAGGUUCCCCGGGGCGUUUCUGCGUCUUGGUCUGAGUCGGCCCCGGGGGGUGCUGCUGUACGGACCCCCGGGCUGUGCUAAGACUACCCUGGCGAGGGCUGCUGCCGCCUCCUCUCACUGCACCUUCCUGUCCGUCAGUGGAGCCGACCUCUACUCUCCCUACGUAGGGGACUCAGAAAAGGCUCUGGCCCAGCUAUUCCGCCAGGCACGGGCUUGCUCUCCUUCCAUCCUCUUCCUGGAUGAGAUAGACACUCUCAUUGGCUCACGGUCUGGCAGCGACACACCCCAGAGUGUUCAGACACGCCUCCUCUCAGUGCUGCUUAACGAACUCGAUGGGGUGGGCUUUAAGACCCUGGAGAGGAGGGGAGCAGGGAAGGUCCUUCAGGCAGACAGAGUGGAGGAAAGUCAGCCACAGCAGCAAGUAGACUGUCAGGAAGUGUGUAACAAGGAGGUGAUGAUAGUAGCAGCGACUAACCGACCAGAUUCCAUAGACAGCGCCCUCCUCAGGCCUGGCAGACUGGACCACAUCAUCUACGUCCCUCCACCUGAUCCACCGGCCCGUCUGGCCAUCCUGAAAGUGUGCAGUGAGCGAAUGCCUCUUGACCCUGACGUGUGUCUGGAGGAGUUGGCUUCUCAGACGGAGCUCUUCUCCGGAGCUGAUCUGGAGAUGCUCUGCAAGGAGGCUGCUUUGUUGACCCUCCAGGAGGAGGGUAUGGAGGCCUCCACCAUCAAACGUGAACACUUCCUCAGGUCUCUUCACCGGAUGACUCCCUCUCUCACCACACAGCAGAUUCAGAGUUAUCAAUUCCCGCUCAGAUGAAAACCGUCACUUGGUAGGCUAGUUCAGACGUUGAAUGUAUAUGUAUCUAAAUCUUUACAGUCACUUUGUAACUUUGGUUUUGACAUAAAAUAGUAUCUUGGCAUG